GUUCUCCAGUGCACGGGAGGGUAUAAAAGGCGGCGAAAAUCGCAGACGAGCAUUAGUUUUGCCUGAUUGACUCUGAAGAGUUCAACUCGUCGCAAGCUUCCUUUUGUAUUUUGAAUUUCCAGUUGUGAAAUUUCAAAGUGUUGAUAGUCAAGAUGUCUGACGCAUUCGGAUUUAUCAAGGACUUCCUGGCCGGAGGGAUCUCUGCCGGGGUCUCCAAGACUGUGGUGGCUCCCAUCGAGCGUGUCAAGCUGCUCCUUCAGGUGCAGGCUGUGUCUAAGGACAUCCCCAAGGACAAGCAGUACAAGGGGAUCGUGGACUGCUUCAGCCGCGUGAGCAAGGAGCAGGGCGUGGCAUCGCUGUGGCGCGGCAACCUGGCCAACGUCAUCCGCUACUUCCCCACCCAGGCCCUGAACUUCGCCUUCAAGGACACCUACAAGAAAGUCUUCCUGGGCGGCGUGGACAAGAAGACCCAGUUCUGGCGCUACUUUGCCGGAAACCUGGCGUCCGGCGGCGCAGCAGGGGCCACCUCCCUGUGCUUCGUCUACCCGCUGGACUUCGCCCGGACCCGCCUGGCCGCUGAUGUUGGCGGCGGCGGCAAGCGUGAGUUUAACGGCCUCGGCGACUGCCUGAAGAAAAUCUACAGGGCCGACGGCAUGUACGGACUGUACCGCGGCUUCGGAGUGUCUGUCCAGGGCAUCAUCGUCUACCGCGCCGCCUACUUCGGCUGCUUCGACACCGCCAAGGGCAUGGUGCCAGCCGAGUACAACAACUUCUUCGUGACCUGGGCCAUCGCCCAGGGAGUGACCACCGCCUCCGGAGUCAUCUCCUACCCGUUCGACACCGUGCGGCGCCGCAUGAUGAUGCAGUCUGGCCGCAAGGAGCUGCUCUACAAGAACACCAUCGACUGCUGGAAGAAGAUCAUCAAGAACGAGGGCUCGAGCGCACUCUUCAAGGGGGCCUUCUCCAACAUCCUCCGCGGCAUGGGCGGCGCCUUCGUGCUGGUCCUGUACGACGAGAUCAAGAAGGUCUUGUAAGACGACUUAGAACAGCAUCAGUUCCUUAAAGAUCGUAGGAAUGGUGUUAAUUUUGAUGAUUGACAUUCCAGAAUAUGGAAUGAGACUCUGUGAUAUUUAAUCUUAUAAUUGCUUGUAGAUAGUGGCUGUUAUAUUGCUAUUUAUUGCCACUUAUAAAUUUAUGUUUUAGAGAUAUAAUAUAUGUUGGAAUCGAAAUAUUUCUAAAAUUGUAUUUCUGAACUGUGUUUUAAUGAAAUUAUGAAAUUAU